UUCUUCCACAACAAGUGUCGAAACGGGACUAACAAACCCAACUGUGUGAUUGCUAUCUUUAAUAGCCGAUUUCGUCCUUGUAAGCCACUUCUCCAGCUGAUUUCCGUCGAUUAUUCACUUAGUUCGUCUACUACUGGAGUCCGUAGAAAAUUCACAACCAGAUAGGAUUCCCGAUCACAAGUAAAAGCAUAAAGCAAACAAUACCAUGUCCAAGUCCACCGAGUUCUUCUGUCGUCUACCACGGUCGAUAGAAUUGACACAUGACUACGAGGAAAUCACGCCGUCUCCCAAAGCGGCGGAAGAAUGCCGUUCGGCCUUGUACUCGCCCAAUGGAGCAUUCUUUGCUUACACCCAGCCCAACGAGGUGAUAGUAUUGAAUACUAAGAGUAAGGCUGAGUUGUACCACAAGAUCGAGUUGCCCGAGGUGUUUGAUAUAUAUUUUUCACCACAAGGAACGUUCUUAUGUUUAUGGUGCAAACCCAUUCAAAUCAACCGUGAAAACGGAACCUGGAAUAACAACUUGAAGAUUUUCAACUUGAAGACCAAGUCCUUGAUAGUGGAAUGGCUGCAGAAACACCAGAGCGGAUGGAAGCCCCAGUUUACCCAGGACGAGAAACUCGUAGCCAAAAACUUCAACAACAAGGAAAUCCAUUUCUUUGACAUCAGCACGUCUCUGCAGGAAACCAUAAAUAUAAACCAGCCUACCCACAAGUACAAAGUGGCUGAUGCCAAACAGCCGUUCCAGAACUUCCAGAUUUCACCAGGUUUAAACCCCUCUGUUGCUAUCUUCAUACCAGAAGCUAGUGGCAAACCAGCCUCGGUGUUGAUCUAUAACGUUCCAAACUUCAACCAACCCACCUGUAGCAAGAACUUCUUCAAGGCUGAACGGUGUCAAUUGAAGUGGAACUCGUUGGGUACAGCAUUGUUAGCAUUGGCCUCUACCGACCACGAUACCAGUAACAAGUCGUACUACGGCGAAACCAACUUGUACCUCUUGGGAAUUGCCGGUUCAUAUGAUUCCAGAAUCGACUUGAAGAGAGAAGGACCCAUUCACGACAUCACCUGGUCUCCUUCUGCCAGAGAGUUUGCUGUUAUCUACGGUUACAUGCCAUCAGAAACGACUUUCUUUGAUGCUCGUGGUAACGCUAUCCACUCGUUACCUACAGCUCCACGUAACACCAUCUUGUAUUCUCCUCACGCUCGUUACGUGUUGGUUGCCGGUUUCGGCAAUUUGCAGGGAACUGUAGAUGUAUACGAUCGUCAGAACAAGUUCAGUAAAGUCGUAACCUUUGAAGCUGCCAACACUUCUGUGUGCGAAUGGUCACCUUGUGGACGUUACAUCUUGACUGCAACGACUUCUCCUCGUUUACGUGUGGAUAACGGCUUGAAGGUGUGGCAUGCAUCUGGUCAAUUGGUUUACUUGAAAGAGUACCAAGAGUUGUAUGCAAUUGGAUGGAAGCCUCAGACUAUCGCUGAGUUUCCUCCUUUGAAGCAAUUGGAGCCUGCUCCACCAGCCCAUGACUCGGCACGUGAAUACAUCGCCAAGAAAGCUGCUGCUUCAGCUACUGCUGCUUCCAAGCCUGCUGGUGCAUACCGUCCUCCUCAUGCCAGGGGCAGUUCUGCUCCAAGCACAGCUACUUCCUUGUACCAGAAGGAGCUUCAAAACAACUUGAAGUUACAACAACAGCAGCGUAAUGGAAUCAACCCUAGUAGUGGCAGAGCCCGUGUUGUUCCAGGAGCCAACCCUGUAGAGAUCAAGGAAUCCAAGACAGCUCAAAAAAACAGAAAGAAGAGAGAAGCUAAGAAGAACCUGAAGGAAGACUCUCCCUCUAUAGAAGGCUCUCCUGCACCAUCUGCUGCUCCUUUGGUGGCUCCGGCUGUUGCAGCUACUUCCUCUCAGGGAGGUGUUGUUGUUGGCGGAGUUGCGCUGUUGGAAGAGAAGAAAAUCAGAUCGUUGUUGAAGAAGUUGAGAGCCAUCGAGACCUUGAAGAUGAAGCAGGCCAGCGGCGAACCUUUGGAAGACACCCAGGUCAGCAAAAUCAACAAGGAGGACGACAUCAGAAAGGAGUUGAGUGCAUUGGGCUGGAACGAUUAGGCGACCUCAGUCUACUACACUCUACCAUCUAUAUAAAUAAUGUAGCAUUGCAGGUGUCCAGACCACAAUUCAAAAUAUAACAGAGUAGAAAUGUCUCCUGUAAAAUGGGACUAGAACUAUAGAGAUGUACCACUACGGCGCAUUGUAAAAUCUUGAGUAUUGCCACUCCACAAUAUAUGAUAAAAGUC